AAGGAAAUCUUUCUUUCAGAAUAAAAAGUAAAUUAAAGUAAAAAAAAGAGACACUGUAAAGUUUCUCCGGGUCUUUCCGUGUUUCCUCUGCGGCGGCUGCUUCUUCUUCUUCCUGUGCGCGGCGUUCAUUUCCUGCUGGACGGUCCCUGAUCCCCGAGGUUCCUGCGUUGCCCCGGCGGAGAUGUUCGGGAUCCAGGACGGCGUUCCCCGCGGCGUUACGGCCGGCAUGAAGGAGGAGCCGCUGGCCGUGCGCUCCUGGAUGCACUCGGCCGGCGUGGUGGACGCCAACACGGCCGCUCAGAGCGGGGUGGGGUUAGCGCGAGCUCACUUUGAGAAGCAGCCUCCGUCUAAUCUGAGGAAGUCCAACUUCUUCCACUUCGUGUUGGCGCUGUACGACCGGCAGGGCCAGCCGGUGGAGAUUGAACGUACGGUCUACGUAGACUUCGUGGAGAAAGAGAAGGAGCCGAGUGGAGAGAAAACGAACAACGGGAUUCACUACAAACUGCAGCUGCUCUACAGUAAUGGAGUCAGAACGGAGCAGGAUCUCUACGUUCGGCUCAUCGACUCCAUGACCAAACAGGCCAUCAUCUAUGAAGGUCAGGAUAAGAAUCCAGAGAUGUGCCGAGUUCUGCUGACUCAUGAGAUCAUGUGCAGUCGCUGCUGUGAUAAGAAGAGCUGCGAGAAACAGAAACGAGACGCCGUCAGACCCCCGUCAUCAUCCGACAGGUAG